AUUCACCGUGCAGACGACACCGAUGUUUUGAUGGACACCUAAGCAAGGAUUUCGUGAUAUAUAUAUAUAAAAAAAAUCGCCAUUCUUAUACAACGACUAUACACAACAAAUUAAAAGAUGCCAGGGAAAGUUAAAGUCCGAGUGGUGGCAGGCCGAAACCUGCCUGUUAUGGACCGCUCGUCAGACACAACAGAUGCUUAUGUGGAAGUAAAGCUGGGAGCUGUCACCUACAAGACAGAAGUCUACAGAAAAAGCCUGAAUCCACAGUGGAAUUCAGAAUGGUUUCGGUUUGAGGUGGAUGACCAAGAACUCCAAGAUGAACCCCUUCAAGUUCGCCUGAUGGACCAUGACACUUACUCAGCCAAUGAUGCUAUUGGCAAAGUGUAUGUGGAUCUGAACCCUCUGCUCCUGCCACCUCCAAGCCCCCCACAUUCUCAGCGACACCAGCAAGACCCUUCCCAACCAGGAACUGCUGUUAUGUCUGGUUGGCUACCAGUAUACGACACAAUGCAUGGGAUUCGUGGUGAAGUCAACAUUGUUGUAAAAGUUGACCUAUUCUCAGACUUCAACAAAUUUCGUCAGUCAUCAUGUGGUGUCCAGUUUUUUUUUAAUCCAGAAAUUCCUGCUGGUUAUAGAUGCCAGAAUAUUGUUGGCUUUGUAGAAGAACUUGUUGUGAACGAUGAUCCAGAGUACCAGUGGAUCGACAAAAUCCGAACGCCCAGAGCAAGCAACGAAGCACGGCAGACACUGUUUUUCAAGCUUUCUGGAGAGCUACAGAGGCGAAUUGGGCUCAAAGUCUUGGAGCUCGGUGGAAAUGCUGUGAUUGGUUACAGACAGUGCUUUGAUCUUGAAGGAGAAACUGGUAUUGUUGUACGUGGUCUUGGAUCUGCAGUGACUCUCGUUCGCCUGCACUAUGACUCUGGCACUGCUGGUGGAACGACUCAUUCUCCAUCACCACUACGGGAGAUCACUGCUCAGAGAGAUUAUUAUACUGGUACUAGGCAUUAUUAUGAGUUGUGGGAAAUUUCACAUACUGCAGUUAAUUUCAGUGUUAAUAGAAAUAAAGGGGAUAUCAGAGAAGGAAAGUUGCAAGACAGGAUAAUUAAAAUAUGUAUGUUGUUGUUCCCUAACUCUGAUAAACCUAUGCCUAUUUCUGUUGUUCACAUUCCUAAUAAAUUAUCAUCAUCUUCCCCAAGUCCUUGGACCAGCCCACACUCAGUUUUACGAUGCAGCCCAACCUAUUCACCUCAUAACCCAUCCUAUCAUCCGUCACAGUGGCUUGACCUUAUGGUUAGUCCAGUGGCAGAUCAUUCCAAGCCACUGCCAGGCCAGUUAGCUCUGACAAGUGCCAAACGCAUGAUUCGUGGUCUUCCCUUAGUGAGACGUAAGAGAAGUUCCACAAUCACACAACAUCCCCCAGUUUACAUGCAGAGAAAUUCAUCUCUACCACUUGCAAAUUGCUCUAGAACUUUUGGCUGUCGCAGACCUCACAAGACAAGAGGGCCCUGGCCAAUGCAUGGUUUUCAACACAGACAGCAACCUGUGUCUCCUACCUGGACAGGUGUGCGACAAGAUAGUAUAGAGUCUCUGAGAGCUGGACUUCGCAAGACAGCUCAGAAAGUUAUGAGGCUCCGAGGACUUGAAAAGUCACAAAGCUUUGAUGUUAGUGGAGAUUAUUGUGGAAAGUCUUCAAGUAAAAGUUCUCAAAAGUCUGCUCCUAAAGUACAUAGCCCUAUGGUGAGACUGUUGGGUCGAGGUCAAUCAUGGGUGAAGCACCAGAAUGUAAGAGAUAAGAAUGAGGGGUCAAUUACUUCUCCAGAGGACUCGAAUGAAGACUAUGAUCUUGAUUCUCCUGAUGUAGAAGUCAUAGGCCUCGAUGAAGAGGAGGUUAGUCAGUAUUCGGAUGAAGAAGACAUUGGUCCUGAAGUAACCAAUAUAGAGUACUCAUAUAAGACCUUAUCAACAGCCUUUUCAGAUCCAACACUGAAUAAGAGCAUUUAUGCAAGAGAAAGUUUUGCUGGAGAUCCAACUUCACCAGGACCAUUACAGUUUAUUUCUUCGGAUGAAGAUACAUGUAGUUCAGAGCUAACAUCAAAUUUCAGCAGUCCAGAGCAUGUUGUAGGGUUGCCAGGAAGUGAAGUUCCAACACAAGGUUCCCCACAAAAAUUUUUCCUUAGUGAGGAAGAACUAACAUCACAAAGUUCUAUUGAGAGUCAUUUUACAGGUCCUGUAGAUGUCAGUGACUUACAUCGGGGUUUGACCCGUUCUCUGAGUGACUCAAUCAGGUCCUGCAGUGAGAUGUGUGGGUCAACAAUACCUGAUGAUGAAUUUGUGCUUACAUCACCUGUUAUGCCUCAGCUGGGUAAUGCUAUUCCUUAUUGUGAAAAAUGCAGUUCAUUCUGCAAUAAAUGUACAAGUUUUGAAGAACCUGUUGCUGAAGGUUUUAAUCAUGAAAAUGGAGAAAGACAAUGUGAUAAUGAGCAGACUAGACUUGAGAGGAAGAGUGGAUUGUGUAUGGUCACAACAACCCAUGAAUUCAUCCAGUCUGAGAGAGAGAAGAACAUUAUUUUAGAAGAAUCCCAAAAAGAGGAAAGACUGGUUGUUACAUCAGGUUUGGAUUAUAACAACAAACCAGAGAUCCUUAGUCUUGAGCUCCUCCCAGUAAGAGAACCAUUUUUAAAACAAAAUGAGGAGCAAAUGCCCCAUGUGAACACCAGCCCAUUGCCUGAUAUUGCAGUUACUCCUUCAACUCCCAUUCUUCCUUCAAAAACAAAGGUAUUUACACUCCCACAUUUAGAGCAGGUAAAUACUGCUGCAAGCAAUGACACCUGCAUAAAAGUAGAUGCAGCAAAUAUGAGGCAUUCAUUAUCUGUGUGUGGAUCACCCUGUACAAGUGUACAGAACAACCUUCCUGUGUCCAGUUCAAGCCCAACUCUAACCUGUGGUAUGUCUCAAAUCCCUAAUACCAUACAACCACAUUACCUGAAACCUUUAUCCACAUCAUCCUCAUUCAGAUCCUCAGUAUCAGCAUCCUCAAAUCUGUCCUCAUUGUCUUCAUCUUCCUCUUCUUCAUUUCAUCAUGUAGCAAGUAGUCCGAGCAUGGAUAGCAGAGACUUGCUUCAGUGUGCUUUAGAUGUAGCAGCUAAGUGUCCCUCCCAUCCUGUGUACAUCUCUAGCCUAGACAUGUUAGUGGAGGCCCGGCCCGGCUCAGCAUCGAUGGUAGGCUCCCCGAAGCGCUCGUCUCGUAGUCGCCAUACUAGUGGCUGUUACCCCGUGUCCAGGAGCCCCUUACCCAUUGAGACUGACGGAUCCAAGAAUGAGGCUGGUUCUGUGGGCUGUGCUGCCACCAAUGGAAGCAUACCAACACACUCCCCAACGCAUUCAGGAAAGCUGGCCAGCCCUGCACGUACACCGGGAGUCUCCAUCAACAGACGUUCAUCUGAUUCUGAUCUUUCCAUCACUCCAAAGGGUGGUAGCUUAGCAGGUAGUGGUGGAUCUUCAGGGGGGGGUGGAGGGGGCAAGGGGGGGACAAUGACUGGGAUACACCGACCUAUAAUGACCCAGGAUUCCUUUGAUCUCCUUGAAUACCCCUUCCUCACCAUGAAGAAUUUUCCAACUGGAUUCAUCCUACACCUUGGUGGAACAGUGAGUGCUCGAUCUGUAAAGCUGCUUGACCGCACUCACACCCCAGAGGAGCUAGAAACACGAGACAACUGGUGGACUCAACUGAGGAUGGAAAUACGCUCACAUGCCCGUGCUCUUGCAUGCAAUGUUGUCCUUGGGUAUGAGGAGUUUACCACAAUUAGUGAUGAAGUGUGUGUGCUCAAUGCAACUGGCACUGCUGCUGUGAUCAGCCUACACUACCUUGAUACUGAUACUGGCAUGGGUAUGCAUGGCAAUAUAAGGACUCAUAGAGAUCCAAUGACUCUGUCACUGGACCGGAAAGACUUUGAGCAGCAGCAACAAGUACAACAGCAGCAACAACAACAGCAACAACAACAACAACAACAACAACAACAACAACAACAACAACAACAACCACAACCACAACCACAGCCACAAACACAGUCACAACCACAGCUACAGCCACAACAACAGCAGCAGCAGCAGUCACAGCAACAGCCACAACCACAACCACAACCACAGCCACAGCCACAGCCACAGCCACAGCCACAGCUACAGCCACAGCUACAGCCACAGCUACAGCAACAGCAACAUGUUCAUAUACCGCAGCCUUCAGGAAAACCGUCAGGGAAAGAGCCUCACACAGGCUCACAAUUCUUGAUACGAAACACCAACACAUUUCCAAAACGCCGGGCUACAAAACAAUACCUUACACAGAUGCAUGUUCAGAAGACCUGCAUGAGCCGCAGCCAUCCCUGCAUCGAGGACGGCUUUUCUGGAGAUGGGGGAGGAAGCGUGACCUCACAGCUUCCUCCACCACCUCCGUCAGGCAUCAGCUCUUCAGUCUACCACACCCCGCCCACUACGCCUCCUUGUACCAUGUGCCACGUCCCUUAUUCAGAGACCUCACUACCCUUCCGAGUCAAGAUCACUAAGUGUGUGGUAUGCAGGAAAGGAAAGGUGCCUGAUGUUCUGUUCACUACUCUAGAGCCACCUGCGGGGAUACCAAUUACAGGGAGAGGUUGCCUGAUCCAGGCUCGGGUAGCAAGGCCUAAGCGUGACUUGAAGGGAGAACUCAAUGCAAAAGAAAUCUCUGAUUCAUUACCUUUUCUUGAAUAUGAAUUACAUAAGCAGCUAAUGAACAAAAUGAAGAUCAAGGGCAUGAAUGCACUCUUCGGUCUCCGAGUGCGAGUAACAGUGGGAGAGCGUCUCAUUGUAGGGGUAGCAACAGCAACAGCAGUAUUUCUGACUGCUCUUCAGCCACCACCAGUCCCAAGGGUAACAUCUGCAAGCUCUUGCCGGGAGGAGGAAAGACGCAGAGUAGAUGUUCAGAAACUUCUUCUUAGUACGAUAGCCAGAAACAAGGAAUGUUAUGGCACCAAGCACAUCAUCUCUGAUACCAUGGGAGAUGAGAUGAAUGGUGGUCGUGGAUCAGAUUCUGAGGACUCAGAAGAUGACCUUCCUGAGAUUGACCUUUCCUCAGGAAACAAAGACACCUGUGUUUUAGAGCUGGAUGAUAUGGAAGAUGCAGAGAUGAUUGGAAUGCUGGUGGAAGGUUGUCAACCCGACCGUCUUGUGGCAGUGUCAACAGAGAUUCCCCCAGGAGUCCCCAGAGAAAACAUAGUGACCAACUUGCAGAUGUUCACCAGGGUUUGGAGAGCAAAAGUUCCUGCUACAAUGAAUCAUAGUACCUUCAAUCAGUAUUUUGACAAAAUUCUACAGAGUGUGUACUUCAAAGUCCGCAAACUGGCGCCCUGCAUACUGGCAGGCAUGCAAAUCAAUGUAGAGCUGCCAGAGGAAGACGAGUUACAAAUUAGCCUUUUGGGAAUGGUCCUUGGGGAGGGAAACCCAGCGCAGUCAGUGCAAGGUGGUUCUCAGUCUGGGACUCUGGAUGUGCCCUUCAAGAAGUCUAAGCAAGAUGAUGGGGAAUUGAUAUUCAAAAUGGAGGAACUACUACCCUCCAGUGAUGACAGUACAAAACAUAAGCCUCCAGCUCACCCAGCCCAGAAUGUGGUGAUGUCCAAGCAGUCCUCUUCAUCAAUAACAACUGUGCCAUCAGUGCCAUCUAUUUCAUCGGUUGUAUCCAUGAGCUCCUCCACUUCCUCAGCGCGAUCAUCCACUAGAUCCAGGAAUGAACAGAAAUAUGUAACGUAUCAUCAACCACCAAAAGAGAGAUAUGGAGUAGAAAUCACUCCCUUGUCUCACAUUCCUGGGGCUCGGAUAGAAAGACAUCUAGGAAACCUCAAUUUCUUCUUCAUUAGGGAAUCUACUAGUAUUAAGGAGUGUGGCGGUCUGAGUGGCUUCAUGGGAAGCUUUGUGACUGAGGUCUUAGCCUUGGUCCGUGCUCACGUUGCAGCUCUGGGCGGUAAUGCCAUGAUUGCUUACUUCAUGUCAGAGUGUGUUUUGCUUCAUAAUCCUUACAAAAAUCAGGGUCAAUGUUUAAUCAACGUUGGAGGUGAUGUUGUUCAGGUUGUAUACAGUGCAGCUUCAGCACUCCCAGAGACGUCAGCGGAAGAGUAACUUGUAAAUUACACACGGCAAGCAUCUGCUUACAUAUCGGGUCUUUUUAUGAGAUUACAGUGGAUGCUAAAGAAAUAUUAACAGUGAGGUGUAUAAAGUCUAAGAGUAUAUUAAUUUGAAAACAAAAGUUUUGCUAAUGUUUGUUAAAUAUAAAUGUUAUGCAAGUGAAAAUGAAAUAUUUAUUUUUUUGCUAUUAAACGUAUUUGUGUUUCAAAAUAUAUUUAUUUUUUGUGAUAACUAUACAAAUAUAAAGGAAUAACUAUUGUCAUAACAGAAAUUGGUUUUUAAACAAUUAAUGUAAUUUUCAGUCGUGUUACAGUGGUCAGAGCAGCGAAUAUGUUUUUAGAGGAAAUGUUAAGAUAUGAAGUUGAUAUAUGAUGAUAGUCUUCUAAGAUGUACAGAUUUAAUGUUAACAGCUACAGAUAUAUUAAAAUAUGUCUCACAUAUUACUUGAAAAUAAUUUUUAAACAUAAAAGUUGUGAUCAGUCCAGUUGUAAAUGAGAUAUAUGUAUAUAUUUGAAUUGUUGUGCAUGUGUAAGUAUUAUACACAGCUGUAUAUAUUACUGUUUCCUAUUUUAAUAAUAUUUCUUACUUAAAUUGGUUGAUACUAACAUGCUGAGAGACUAAUGAAGUUCUCUAUAUCUUAGAUGCUUCCAGAGUGGGAUUAGAGCAUUGACUUAAAAACAUAAAAUGCCAACAUAUACAUUAAUCUAAAUGCAGGGAUAAUUACAGACUUUAUUACAAAGUUGAAUGAAAAUAAUUUUUAAGAAACUUGCACAUGACUGUUGAGCAGUGAAGUGAUGGAUUUAAGCAUCGCAUAGUAUGCAUCAUGAUUUGUCCUUGUGAACAUGCCGUAAAUGUGAUAGAAUGUUCAGUGAGGUAUCCCUUACUCAUUCCUUACUCAUGUCCCAACGAAUAUAAUAAACAUGUGCUGGGUAUGCACAUAAACAUACGCAUUCAUAAAGAGACUGAUACAUUUUCCUAAUUUCUGUUGUAUAUAUUAUUUAUAUUCUAUACUGUUAGUUAUUUAAUUUUGCAACUGUAUCCUAUAUCAAGUGCUUUUAUGUUUUACAGAGAUUUUUCAUGUAAAAAUUAGAUGAAGGUAUAAAGAUCUAAUUGUGAUAUUUCCUGGUCUACUUUAAGGGAGGCAUAAAAUGCUGCAUCCUUUGUCAAAAACAUGGAAAUAAUCACUGUAAAUUAUUCUUACCGUAGUGACUUAUUGAGGGAUGAGAAUGCUAGUGAUUUGAUACCCAUUUUGUAAUUAUGUAAUACCCUUCUGUAUGAGAUGAUUAUUGUGGACAUGAUACUGUGAUAUUCUUAUAGAAUACAUAUUGUAUAGCAAGUGUGGAGCAAACACUGGAUUUAGGGGCUUCAUCCAUUUACAUAGAUAAUUAUUGGAAGGAAUUGUAAUAUAUAAAAUUCUCUGGAAACUUGGUAAUGUGCCUAUGAUCUAGCUAUAGAAAGAGAAAAUUUCUUUGGUAUUUGAGAUUAUUUGCUGAUCUGAACCUGAAUAUUUUGUGGCAUUGAAAAAAUGUAAAUGUUUUGGGUAAUGAAUAGCAUAGACUGACUUCUUGUACAUAGAGUAUUUUCACAUUUUGUAUUUUUAUGAUAGCAUAGAUCCAUCUAAUGCAAUUAGAAGUUGUUAAGAUAUGUUACUAUAGUACCACAUCAAUAACUACUCAGUGCCGUUCUUUUGAAAAUUACCCAUUAAAUGGUGGUGGUGGUGGGAACAUAAUGAGUUACAUCACUCUAUUUGGUUGUAUAUACCAUUAAACAGAAUCUCGUCUUUAUGGAUCUACAAGGCUUUUUUAGCCCUUUGUCCAGUUAACUAUUUCCUUUAUUGUGGAUAUUAUAUAUUCACUCAUGUUGUAAAGGAUGGAAACAUUUGUGCUGGUUUAUAUUACCAGCUUUAAA